AUGAUCGACAAGUUCCAAUGCCAAGCACACACCCGCACCCCCUGGGGCUCAAACCCGCACCGCUACGACUACCGCCUGCGCUACCUCAUGAUGGGCCUCCUCUGCGCCCUCAUCCUCGCCGUCUUCAUCGUCAGCCUCGUCUUGAUCGGCGAUCAAGCCCUCAAAAACUACCAGCUCAUACCCUCCGACGACGAAAGUCCCACAAUGUCGGCCGAGUCACCUUCAUCAACUCCUUAUAAUGUUACUGGUACAAAUACUACGGCGAACAUCACCACGUACCACAGCAGCGGCAGGAUUACAUGA